ACACGGAAAUUAAAUUUUGUUAAUUAUGAAAUUAGUUUAUUAAUCAAUGGUAAUAGUAAUUUAGUUGUAAUCAUUUCCUUUUUCAUGCUGAUUAAAACUCGUUGUUUGAUUGUUUAAAAUACGGUUGAUUGUUUUAAGUUUUGUUUUGCUUAAUUAAAGUUAAUCAAGUGAAUCGAUAACAUCAUCAUAAUCAUAAGCAAAAUGAUCAAAAGUGUUUCUCGGUCAACUGGAUUGUCUUCCGUUUGUUUAAUUAUUCUAAUUGUUCCAUUGAUUCAAUGUUCAUCGAUUGGAAAUGAAGAAAGUUCAGUUGGACGAUUUAAACGUAGCACCUUCACUGACAUCGGUUCACAAGCUUCGGCGGAAGCGAAAGCUACUGCAGGUUCGUUUGUAGUCCCUCUUGAAUAUUUAGAAAAAGGGGGUAAACCCGGUGGUUGGCCUGGUGCUGGAGGUCCUGGUGGUUGGCCUGGUGCUGAUGGUAAACCUGGUGGCUGGCCUGGAGCUGGGGGAAAACCAGGAGGUUGGCCUGGUGCUGGUGGUAAGCCCGGUGGUUGGGGUGGUGCUGGAGGUCCUGGUGGCUGGCCUGGUGCCGGUGGCUGGCCUGGUGCUGGUAGUUGGCCUGGUGGCCAGGGAGGCUGGGGUGGUAAAACCGGUGGAUGGGAAGGUUGGGGUGCUGGUGGUUGGGACUCAAAAAGGAGGGCUCAUUUGGUAAAAUCAUAAGUGACCUUGUCCCAAAGCUUGAUAAGACUUUCGUACCAAUUGAAAAACUCCUAACCUACGAUGCCCUUAAGCCAGUCGCUGGUAUUGUCGAUGGAGCCACUUCUUCACUGUUUGGAGGGCUCCAGAAAGGUUUCGGUGGUAAAGGAGGCUUUGAAAAAUCAUUCGCUCCCGGAAACGAUUAUUCAAAAUUCUUCACAACUUAUUUAGCGACUGGUAGAGCUGAAAAUCAACCGGACGGCGCUGCUAUCAGCGUUGAAUAAAUCCUAUUCUUCAAUAAAUUAAAAUCUUUCUCCUUUAUUUGCAAUUAAAAAUGUCAACCAAGAGAUAAUCAAAUGAUCACUUGUAUUACAGUUAAGUGAUAUUCAUUUUUAAUUCAUCAUCAAUUGAUCAAUGAUCACUGAAAUAAAAUAGAAAAUUUUUCCUUCCAA